AUGUCAGUAACCGCAAGGGUUGUGAGAACUUGUUCAGCACCCAGAUCAAUUCUCGGCGAUGUUACAAUGUGGUGGUAUGUAGUGACUGCAAGCAGCGCACGACAGUUUUGGGGUGAGGACGUGCACAUUAAAAAAGAAUUCCAACGAUCGCGAAAUCACUCAACGACUCCCCCAAUACUCAUUGAAGCACAUCUAUACAGAUCUUUCCUUCUUCCCAUCCACUUCAAGCGCUGGUCCGAUCUCGUCAAUUCCAAAGGUGGUCGCGGCGUACGCCGCCAUCGUAGUCACGAUGACAGUUAUGCCAGGGAAGCGGGAGGCGUAGUGUGCCUGUCUUUUCUCGGACUCGCUCACAGAUCUCAACCGGGAUUGAUCGCGUCUGGCAGGCGGAAUGUGUAUGCUAGUGCAAAGGUCACGACGCGAGAGAUACACAUCAGCCGAGCCGCACUUUCACAAACCUCUCCGACGUAA